AUCAAUGCUCUGGACAUGGACGCCAUGAUGAGUACGAUCUACGCAUGGUUGGAUAACCCAGUGAAGUUUAAGAAAACUCAUGGCGUUAAUAACACCCUGGACAUUGAGAUUGUCCCAAAGUCUGACACUAAGGAGGAGGAGACACACAUCCUUAUUGUGGAAGGCUUUCUGCUUUACAUCUACGAACCUUUGAUCGACGUGCUGAACCAACGUUACUUUAUUUCCAUCCCGUAUGACGAAUGCAAAAAGAGGAGGGGCUCUAGGAACUACACGGUGCCAGAUCCACCCAGCCUGUUGGAUGGCCACGUCUGGCCCAUGUAUUUGAAACACAAGAACAUCAGUUCCUCGUCGCUUCAAUUCCUCAUGCCAAAGAUUGCUUUUCCAUUUGUGUCUAACCAUGUGCUUAUUCUAGCACUGUCUCAUAAAGUAUCGGUUAUUGGUAACUUCAUCAAGAGCAGUUUUGUCAGUCCAAUCCAAAUUCGUAGUUUGUUGCAGAAAUAA